AUGCGAGCAUCGCACCAGAACCUGCGGAAGCGUUCUUCAGGUGAAAAGAAAAACAAUGUGUGCGGCGUCAGCAAGAAGAUUUUCAAGAUACCGUACGUAAAUACGGGUGUGAACAGUGACGAUGCCACGGUGACCAGUGGAGAUGCCAUGAUAGAAGGUGCCUCGGAGUUUUUCUUUGGUUUGACGGGUGUGAAGGGUACUGGAGACAUUGUGCCGAUACGCAAGGAGGAGUGGAAGGCAGCCAUGCCAGGCGAGACGAUCCCCGUGAACAACAGCUGUUGUGGCAGUAAACACAGGAAUGGGGCUGGAAAUCAGACACAGGAUCAAGUCAUGUGGAUUGAAUUAGGCCUAUGUAAAGCGCUUGUGCGGGCCGUCACGCAUAUAGGAUUUCUUUCUCCAACCCCUGUGCAGGUGCAAGCCAUUCCUGCGGUUCUCGGCGGCAGUGACGUAUGUGCACGGGCGGUAACAGGGUCUGGCAAAACGGCAGCUUUCCUCCUGCCGCUUCUGCACAUUCUACUGACACGUGCACCUCAGAAGCAGUUGCAUUCGGGAGGAAAGCGGCGUUUUAUUCGGUCCAUUAUUUUGCUUCCGACGCGAGAAUUAGGCAUGCAAUGCCAAUACAUGCUGCAACAAAUACUGACCCAUACAACUGGGUUGACUGUCGCCUUGGCAAUUGGGGGUAUCGCGCAAACUGCCCAAGAGGCAGCUCUGGAGUCGAUUCCUGAUAUUCUUAUUGCAACGCCUGGAAGGUUGGUGGAUUUGCUCCACAACUACAAGGGCGCACAUGGUUGUUUGGAUGUCUCUGGCGUGGAGAUGGUUGUACUCGAUGAAUGCGACAAGAUGCUUACUGUAACACUCAAAGACCAAGUGGUGGAUAUCAUUCAACGCGUCCCUGAGGAGACUCGACAGGUGUUAAUGUUUUCUGCAACCAUGACGAGCGAGGUGGACGAGUUCGCGAAGGAACAUUUGUUUGAGCCGAAAAAUGUGGACGUUGGACAUGUGGCGCUCCAGUCGAAACUGCGACAGCAGUUUGUACGCAUCCGCCUGCCUUCCGAUGCAACAACAACAACGAGAACAACGGCUCCGUUGAGGGGUUGUGACAGUGAGGGGAAUGGGGAAAUGGAGGGAGAAGAAGAAGAAAAGGUGGACAAUAAGAAGAAGCGUAUUCGCUCGAAGCGGCUUCGGGAUGCAGCAAAAUCUGAGGCAGUGGAUUCUAAUGAGACGGAGGAUGCUUUAGAGCACCUUACAAAGAUUAAGUCAAGGUUUUUGGUGGCCCUCUGUCUUGGAUAUUUUAGGGAAAAGACGAUUGUAUUCACUCGCUACCGCACGACGGCACAUCGUUUACAUCUUCUUUUUACUGCGUUGGGUUUCACGAGUGCGGAACUGCAGGGGAAUCAACUACAGGAGGAGCGAUUUGCUUCACUAAAGAAGUUUGCAUCGGGCGAGGUGCAGUACCUCUUUUCGACAGAUGUGGCCUCCCGUGGGCUUGAUAUUAAGGGAGUGUCGACGGUCGUGAACUUUGACUUGCCUCCGACACUCACGGCGUAUAUUCACCGUGUUGGUCGCACUGCUCGCAUCGGUGGUAGUGGCACGGCGGUGUCGCUUGUGGACGAAUCAAGGGAUGCUGACAUUAUGAGAAAGAUACUUACAGUGAGCGGGGUUGUGAAUAGCCAUCAGGUGUCCUCCGUGAAGCGCCGCGACGUGCCGGAUGAAUUGCUUUCAGAGGCGACGAAGAAAGUAAACGCGGUGUUCCCGCAGGUGCGAGGUCAACUGGCCGCAGAGGCGUUAGAGGAAAAAAUUGCGCAGGCGGAGCGGCGCUACAGCCGUUCCGCGGAGGAGAUGCUUGCCGAUGGUGUGACGGCACAGCCCAAGAAAACAUGGUGUCUUAGUCGUGCGGAGCGAAAGCGGCGUGAUGAGGAGGCGCGGCGACUCUACGAAAAGGAGGCGGAGGUCACAGUUCAUCACUUUCAGAACGAACUGUCCAAUUGGGACCGCGAGGAGAAGGAGUUCCUGCACAAGCAGAAACUGGCGCGUCGGCAGGAACGCGAUGUGAAGGCACGCGCCGCGGAAAGAGUGAAAAACGCCCAUCGUGAACUGCGGCGCAAGUCGGAGAAGAAGCUUCAGGCCGGGGCCAUCAAGAAGAUGAAGAAAAAGAAGAUACGUGAAGCACGCAAGCAAAGGCGGGCGGAGAGCCGUGAGAGAAAUGGAAAGGCCGCCUACAAGCGCCGCGACGGUUUAAAGAGGAAAAGCAAGUCCCGCCACCGGAAGCGCAUGGCAAGGCAUUAA